AUGAGGGCAGUCGUCUUCAAUGGCCCUUUCGAAGUCGAAGUUGUGGACAAGCCAGUCCCCAAAAUUCUCGAGACGACAGACGCAAUUCUCAAGGUCUCUGCUACCGCUCUGUGCGGCAGUGACUUGCACUACUACCGCGGUCACCAGAAAUCCACCCCUGGAUUCAUCUGCGGUCACGAGACAGUCGGGCACAUCACUGCCCUUGGCUCCUCCGUCACAAACUUCUGUAUCGGCGAUCACGUCGUCAUUCCCUUCUCAACCGCUUGUGGCUCCUGCUUCUUUUGCUCUCGUGGACAAUCUAGCCGGUGUUCCAACGGUGUGCUCUUCGGGUGCAUCACGCCCUCCGCGACCAUCGACGGCGGCCAAGCAGAAUACAUCCGCGUCCCUCACGCUGCGUCGUCACUCGUGAAGGCACCGUCUUCGAUUCCAGAAGACAUGCUCGUCCUCAUGGCGGACGUGUUUCCCACGGGGUACUUCGCAGCAAGCCGCUUCCUGAAAGACGUCCCCGAAGCACAAAAAGAGGACAUCACGGCCGUGGUUCUAGGCUGCGGGCCUGUAGGCAUUUGUGCUAUCGCAUCCGCUAUCCAUCUCACGGGCGGAAAAGCCCAGAUUUUCGCCGUCGACUCGAUCCCCGAGCGUCUUAAUGCCGCCGAGAAGCUGGGCACCAUACCAAUAGCCCUCUCCGAUGACCCAAUCGCGAAGAUCAAAGCCACCUCAUCUGGCCGCGGCGCAGACGUGGUCAUGGAGGUCGUUGGCCAUGCCGACGCGCUUGAGCUAGCGUUCGAGCUGAUUCGACCCUUUGGUAAGAUCAGCAGUGUGGGCGUGCACAACGAGCAGAUCAGCUUCUCGGGCUUUGCGCUGUAUUCGAAGAAUGUGACAAUGGUGUUUGGGAGAUGUCCUGUACGAAGUCUUUUUGAUGAGGCCCUGGCGGUGUAUGAGGUUUUGGAGGAGAAGUUGAGGUUCUUGUGUGAGUUGAAGAUGCCACUGGAGCAGGCGCCGGAGGCAUAUAGGUUGUUUGAAAAGCAGAAGUUACAUAAAAUAUUGUUCAGUGUAUAG